UAUUAGACAUUCAUGAAUGUAUCGUUACAUAUGUUUUAUGCUUCCUAAUUUCAAAAUAAUAACAGGAUUUUAAGUUAAUUACGAAACUGUUAGGCAGCAUACAUAAUCGUUUUAAAAAGACAUUCGAGUUUACGUAUCACUUGCAUUAGGUAAACAAAAUGUCAGAACAGUUUGUGGGCUGCACAGUCUCUGUGAAAUGUAUUGAAGAAAUUGGAACUUAUCAGGGACAGAUUGUUGAUUUGAAUAAAGAUUAUGUCUCACUUUCAAAAGCUUUUUGUAACGGAGUGCCUCAUUCUUCAUCCAUUGUUGUCUUAAGUGCAAAAGACAUUUUAAAUGUAGAAUUUAUAUCAAUCAAUGAUACAGGAGUCAAUGCAAAUGAUAGUAAUCAAGCACAAAAUAAAGUGACUGUAAAAAGACCCAUUGCUAAAAGAGCUGGCAGAUCAUUUUCAGAAAGUGUACCAUCUUGUACUCAGUCAACAUCUUCUCAAACACAAUCUAAUUUUAAAAAACCGGACACCAAUAUUCAGUGUUUUACAGAGGAAGCUACAAAUGGCAAAGUUUCAUUAGUAGAAACUGCUAGUAAACCAAUUCAAAAAAGAUUGAGCCACAGACAGAGAGCAUUAGAACGAGAUGAACACACAUUUGGUACACCAAUUGAUCAAUCCUUAAAUCAAGAUUUUGAUUUUGAGAAGAAUUUAGCAUUAUUUAAUAAAAAGGCAGUUUGGCAAGAAAUAAAUUCUUUGAAGCCUGAUAUUGUCAGGCAGUCUGAAAAUAACAGGAGUACCACUGGAAGAUACAGACACGAUGAGAACAUUAUUGUUGCAGAACCUACAGUUUUUAGACAAAUUAUGGUACCCAGUGCUGAUGAAAAAGAAUAUGUAACAGACAAUGGCUUAAUAAUUCCCAGCAUAAGUCUUAAUCUGCACCGUCAAUUAAUAGGAGCAGCAGAUCGUUAUGGAAUCAGUUGGGAACGAAGAGUGGAACUUCUUGGCCGUGCUGGUGCAGAGAUUAUAUUACAGCUGCUAGGAGGUAGCCACAGACUUAAUCCGAAUAAUGCUCAUCAGUGGCCAACGGUUGUUGCACUUUGUGGACCUCAUCGUUCAGGUGCUGCUGGUGUGAAUUGUGCUAGACAGUUAUCUAGUCAUGGUGUUAAAACAAUAGUAUUUGUAGAAAAUUCUGAAGACGUUUUCCUAUUGCAAGAAUUGUCUUUGUACAAACUGACUGGAAAUAAGGUAGAUAGUAAAGUUAAGAAUUUACCAUCAGUAGUAGACUUAAUACUUGUAGCACUUUGUGAUGAAAAUUCUCCGAGAAUGAUUACACCAAUAGCAAAGUGGGCAAGCAGUAACAGAGCACCUAUUUUAGCCAUUGAACCACCAGCUAAAGGCACACCUGGCAUACUUAGUAAAUUCAGUCUACUUGGUGGAUUACCAUUGUCUCAUAGCGUUGACAAUGGCAGAUUAUACUUAUGUAAUCUUUCACUACCAAACAAAGUAUAUGCAGAUGUUGGUAUAACUUACAGAUCGCCUUUUGGACCUAAAUUUGUUAUUCCUUUACAUUCCAAUAACUCUUAG